AAACUCUUCAAUGCUUUAUGAAGACCACGAGAUCUUGUAGAAUGGUUUACAACCUAUCUGUCCAACCAAUCUUAUCUUGCGGCUUUCCUCUUUGCAGCGGCGUAGUUCCGCUCAUUUACGAUUUCAUAUCCUUCAGUCUUUCCUCGUAAUAUCGGAUUCUCCGAAUACUCAAUGAUAUAUAUCGGGCUUCUGUGUGUUCUCUGGUGUUCCCACUCGCUGACUCCUCGAAGUUCACCUCGACUAUUCCCUGGACCGUGAGGCUAAGAGGACCACGAUGUCGACCUCGCUGGUGCUCGACGUCCUCGCUCCGUUUGUCUUGCUCCUCGUUACGUUCCUGAUAACCCGCAGCUACACCCAAAAACGCCAUGCAUACCCUCCCGGUCCUCCAGGGCUCCCCAUCAUUGGGAAUAUGCUCCAACUACCCACGAACAAGCACUGGCUACAGUAUGACCGAUGGACGAAACAGUACGGCGACGUGAUUCAGAUCUCGUCUCUGGGAGAGAAGACUAUCAUUUUAGGAUCCGUAGAGGCAGCGAACGAUCUCUUGGAUGCUCGCGGAAACAUCUAUUCCGAUAGACCACCAGCAACUAUGGCCGGAGAACUCGUAGGAUGGAACCUCGGGCUCGGAUAUGCUCGUUUCUUUCCCUCUACAUCAUCUCCCACCACCACCUCUCCUACAAACUCCUCCUUUCCUCUCCACUCGCAAAACCGCUUCCGCGCCCUCCGCCGUUUCUUCCACACCUCCAUCGGUCCCCGCGCCUCCCUCAGUCCCGAUCUCGUCCUCAUGCAGGAACAAGAACGGACGCGAUUACUUGGUCGGUUGAUCGAGUUUGGGAAACGGAGUGUGGGGAAGGGAGGAGAUGUGGGUGAUAUUAUACGACAGUCUACAGGCGCUCUGAUCCUACUCCUAACAUAUGGUUAUCGCGUCAACACGGAUACGGGCGAUCCUCUGGUCAAGAUCGUGGAGGAUGCGAUGUUGGGGUUCGCUAGGGCUUCCGAGCCGGAUGCGUUCUGGGUUGAUAGGUUGUCUAUCUUGAAGCAUAUUCCCGAAUGGAUGCCUGGAGCUUCGUUCCAGCGGAAAGCGAGACUCAUGAGGGAAGAUAGGGAGAAGUUAUACGAUGUUCCGUUCGAUUUCGUGAUAUCGCAGACCAACAAGAACGAGAACCUACCCUCCAUCGUCUCCACAUAUCUCUCUGCCAAAUCCGAAGAUGCCGAAGACGUCGAUGCAGCAGACUUGGGAGGCCUUCAGGCCGAUGCGGAACUCAUCAAGGCAGCUGCAGCUUCUUUAUACUCUGGUGCGGAUACACCCGCCACGCUCGUGACAUUCCUCCUCGCCAUGGUCCUUAACCCAGAAGUUCAAUCCCGUGCUCACGCCGAACUUGACGCACUCCUCGGAUCACCAAGCUCAUCCGGAGAUUCUGAGCUGCAUAGGCUUCCGACUGCGAAGGAUAGGGGACAACUGUCUUUCGUAGACGCGAUUGUGAAAGAAGUUUGGAGGUGGAAUCCGAGCGUUCCAUUGGGUCUGGCGCAUCGGGUAACACAGGAUGAUGUGUAUAAGGGAAUGUUCAUCGAGGCGGGAACGACGGUAUACCCGAAUAUCUGGUCUAUGCUCCAUGAUCCACAGACAUACCCGUCUCCCGAAUCAUUCAUGCCCGAACGAUUCUUGGACUCAAGCGGACAUAUGAAGAAGCUGGAGAAAUGGGAAGAUCCUGGAUGGGUCGCUUUUGGAUUUGGACGGAGGAUAUGUCCCGGCAUGUUCCUAGCCGAAAACUCCAUCUUCACCUCCAUCGCGUCAUUACUCUACGUGUUCGACAUCUUGAAGGCCAAGGACGACAAUGGUACUGAGAUUGAGCCAGAGGUCGAUUAUGAUGGAUUUAUCUGCCAUGCAAAGCCAUUCCCGUGCAGGUUGGUCCCGAGGUCGAAAGGGGUGGAGGCGUUGGUUAUGCAGGAGCUGCAGGACGCCAGCUCGUGAUCUAAGGAC